AACUAGAUGGAAUAUGCUAACAUAUCACGGUAUUUGGUCCUCCAGAAUCAUGCUUUCCCAAUGCUAACCUAGUCAAACCCACCUGAUCCAGCUCAACGGCAUUUUGUGAACUCAAAAGAGAGGUUUGGACCAACCUAACUUUGUUCAGGCUAACUAGCCCUGGUCAUCUUAAUCACAACGCAAGCACAGUUUAGUUCAGCUCGACCGAACAUCAACCAAAUUAAAACCAGCUUGCUGUAUUCGGCGUCGCGUGUGCACGCCCUUGCUGUGCGCUGCGCAUCAACCGGGGAAGCUCCACAUCUCGUCUCGUCUGGUCGAUCGAUCGAGGCGCGCGCCGCAACGGCCGCCGUUGCGACGAACCCGCGAAACCUAUCUUCCAAAGACGGCGGAUCUAAACGGCCGAUUUGGACUGGCAGUGCCAAGACAUGCAACAGAAGGUGCGGGUAGUUAGUGGACUAGCUGACACGGCUGCUGCACACGCAUCAACCAAGAAGAAGCGCUCGCGGAGAAGCUCCCGCAUCCGUGCGUGCCCAUGGAGAACGGCAGCCGCGUAGCGGCGAUCGCCGUGCCGCUCGUCGCCUUCGCGCUCCUCGCUGCCGUCGUGCUGCCUCCAGCCAUCUCCGGCGGCGACGGAUCAACCGGCAGCCGAGACCGCCGCCGCGAGCACUUCCUGCGGCACGUUCCGCAUGAGCCCCAGAGAGCAUCGCAGCUGCCGGCGAGCACGCCGGCUGCCGAGAGGGUGAGCGUGGGCGCGAUCGAGGCAGGCCUGGCACGGUCUCGGGCGGCAAUCCGCCGAGCGGCCCGCGCGGACCCGCCGGCAGCGGGCGCAGAGAGUGCCCGGCGGAGCUUCAAGGACGUCGGCGAUGCCUUCGUGCCGCGCGGCGCCAUCUACCGCAACGCGCGGGCCUUCCACAGGAGCUACCUGGAGAUGGAGAAGAAGUUCAAGAUAUGGACGUACAAGGAGGGCGAGCCGCCGCUGGCGCACCUCGGCCCGACCGCGGACAUCUACUCCAUCGAGGGACAGUUCUUUGACGAGAUAGAGGAUCCCCGGAACCGCUUCGCAGCCCGCGACCCCGGCGAGGCCCACGCCUUCCUGCUCCCCAUCGGCGUCUGCAACCUCGUCAAAUACGUCUACAGGCUCAACACCACAGCCAAGCUCGGGCCGCUGCGCCGGCUAGUUGCCGACUACGUCCACGUCAUCGCCGAGAAGUACCCGUACUGGAACAGGUCCCGCGGCGCCGACCACAUCAUCGUGUCAUGCCAUGACUGGGCGCCGCUGGUCUCCAAGGCGAACCGGGAGCUCUACGGCAACGCGAUCCGGGUGCUGUGCAACGCCAACACCUCGGAGGGCUUCAACCCCCGCAAGGACGCCACGCUGCCGGAGGUGAACCUCGCCGACGGGCUCCUCCGCCGCCCGUCCUUCGGUCUCCCGCCCGAGAACCGGACCACGCUCGCCUUCUUCGCUGGCGGCGUGCACGGCAGCAUACGCAAGGCCCUGCUUGGGUACUGGAUCGGCAAGAAGGACCCGGACAUGGACGUCCACGAGUACCUCCCCGCGGGCCAGGACUACCACGCGCUCAUGGCCAGGGCCCGCUUCUGCCUCUGCCCGAGCGGCUUCGAGGUGGCGAGCCCGAGGGUGGUGGAGUCCGUGUUCGCCGGCUGCGUGCCGGUGAUCAUCUCGGAGGGUUACCCGCCGCCAUUCAGCGACGUGCUGGACUGGAGCAAGAUGUCGGUGACCGUGCCGGUGGCGAGGAUACCGGAGCUGAAGGCCAUCCUGAGUGGGGUCUCCGAGCGGAGGUACCGGGUGCUGCGCGCCAGGGUGCUGCAGGUACAGCGGCACUUCGUGAUGCACCGGCCGGCGCAGCGGUUCGACAUGAUCCACAUGGUGUUGCACUCCAUCUGGCUCAGAAGGCUCAACGUCAGGCUCCCGUACUGAUCGAUGCAGGAUUGAAGGGUUAGGUUAGGUCUAUGCGGCCGUCUUUGUACAUGAUCUUGAUAGCAUAGCAAUAUAUUUUAGUUAGAGGGUUGCAACGUCGAGGGAGUAGUGUUUUAAGGCUAUCUGCAGCAAGAGAAUGGAUUAACAAUCUGACUUGAGAGGGAGACGAGGAUGUGGUUGGCCUUGAUCAGGGCCGGUCCUGAGGGGG